CUCUAUCGGGGCUUCUGGUUCGCGUGCCAUCGUGGCAGUUGCAGGUCGGCUCGCUACUAAUUCGGACCGUCGGACUCGCCGGAUAUGCACAAUGUUGACGGCCAGUCGUGUCGCCAAGAGAGUCAGGAAGAUGACCAGGACCAAGGUCUGGGGUAUAUACAGUUCGGAGUCCCGACUCUGCGUCUGCUGCUGCUGCUGCUGCUGCUGCUGCUGCUGGUCCGGACUGGCGGACCCGAACGAGAUGGAAACAGACAUGGACAGCGGCGUGAAAGUGGACAGGACCCCCGCAGACGGGGACAGGUAAGACACCACCGGGCCCAGGGUCGCCACGAAGAUGGAGAGGAUGAGGAGAGGGACGGCUAGUCAUAAGACAGGGGUGGAUGAUGCUCGAGCGCGAGCGAGCCUUAUCGGGAG